AUGCGGGUAUGGCGUGAUGUUCCCACGUGGUGGGUGGGCGCCGUUUUCUUUUGGAGGGGGAACGCACGAUUGGGGACCCUUACAUACGUAGGUGUGCUUUCCCUGCUUACGCCACCUGCGACUGUUGCUGCAGAGAAGCAAGCGUUUCCUCGCUACAGUCAUGGUUCCUUCACCGUUUACGUGUGUGUGUGGCUGUGUUGGGCGGAAAUGGCCGAAAGGGUAUUGCAUACAUGUGGAGUUGACGCGAGAAAUUACGUCUUUACCACUCUGCUCUAUCUGUAA